AAUGUGCGACCGCGUAGGACUGCAAGCAAUGUGAGUUCCGACCUGCAAUAUUAUAAGCGACCAUCCCAUAACCCACGCACCGCCCGAUUACGAAUACAGUGCCACUUUGCGUGCGUCUGUGUUGCAUAGUCUGGUACCUGCUGUCCGAUUUGUCCGUCAUGCGAUCAACAAAGUCAGUCAAAUUUUAAUGUUUUUGAGUUCCAGGAAUAAUCUUUUGCACAGCAGUUCCGGCAGAUCAGGCAGUUCCGGCUUUUACCAAUUGCCUAAGUCAAUUCCUAGUGAACGGAGCUUUUGAAUAAAGUAAAAGGAUUGGUUCUAACAUGGAGUGCUGAAAUGGUACAGGAUGGAAGCACAGCUGAGAGAGUACAGGGCUCGUAAAGCCCAGGAGCAGGCAAGGCAAAAUCAAGAGGGUGUCUGGACGCGAAUAUGGAGGAAAAGUGAUACCUCAUCCCAAACAACUCCUCUGUCUGCUGACGAGGUAGAUGGUGGUCAGACAGCAAGGCUAGCUGAAAGUGAUGAGCAGGAGGAGACCUGGACCAAGAAGACCCCUGCUGUUAACAGCCUCCAAGAAAACCUUCCAAGAAACCGCUUUCUCCGCUUUAUCGCACAAGACACAUCUCUUCUGACCAGUGUGUUUCUCCUUAAACUCAUCCUUUGGCUGGUUCUCUUUGCUCUCUUUCUACACUUGGAGUUCGCGGCUGUGUUUGUCAUUGCGACCUUCUUUUAUAUAAUUUAUGCUACUUUGGAAACGCGACGAGCAAGGGCCCCGGGAGAACCUAGCGCCUAUUCCGUUUUCAACCCAAACUGUGAGCAGAUUGACGGGACUCUAACAGCCGAACAAUUUGAGCGAGAACUGAAAUAUGGAAUUGGUUCAACCAAGAAAUAAACACUGGUGUCCUACCGAACCAAGAAAUCUCGAAGUUGAAUGGACUCAGUGAGAGAACAUAAUGUCUUUUUUUAAAUGUCAUUGAUAUGUUUUACUGAGAGGCAAGAAAUGGUCGCCGUUGCAUCAUCUCAUGUGUGUUGUGAAAUAUUGACAAACAUGGCUUUGUUCCAUGGGGAUAAGAGAUACAGUGUGAAACUGGCUACUUAUUGAAAACAGCCAUCUGAUUCAAAGUUGUGUCCCAUGUUUUCUUUCAAAAAUGUUGAAGAUCCAGCCUUUUUUAGCAAGGGUAAAUAUAUCAUUGUUUUUGUCUUUUUAAUAACAUGGCAGGGUGACUAGGAAAUAUAGUUAUAAACUUAAAAAACAAACAAUUAAUGACAACAAAUGUAAAUAUAUCUUGAAAAACUAUAUAUUUUUUCUUUCUUGGAUAUUCUAUAUUUAUUCUGUAGCCCAACUGAACAUAAUAUCUACAGUCAAAAAGUCAAUACACGGUAGAGGAGUUAUUGUUACAUUAUGUCAAAUUUAAAAAACAAUGGUGAAGUGAUGCUACGUGUUAGGUAGGAGGCAUAAAUGUAUCUUAAACAAAAAAAGUACAACUUAAGCAUGGGUCAUACUUUCUGCGAAUGCAAAGCAUAUGUUGACAUCACAAA